AUGGAGAAGAUGCUCCACGCAGCCCCCGUCCACGCGACCCUGCCGGAGUGCUUCAUCUUCCCGGCCGACAAGCUGCCGCAGGCGAAGGCCACCUCCGGCGCGGUCUCCCUGCCCAUCAUCGACCUGUCCCUGUGCCGCGACGAUGUCCGGCGCGCCAUCCUCGACGCCGGCAAGGAGAUCGGCUUCUUCCAGGCAUGUAUAUAG